UGAGUCAGCAAAACAUCACAAUGCAACAAAACCAUUGGUGAUAAGAACUGACUUGACUCUGAUUGAAAACCAAACUCACCUCCUCUUUUCUUCACAUUCCAAAACCUUUUAUCUCUCUCUCUGAUUAUCACCGCCAUAAUCUCAACCAAACAAAACCAUCACUUUCACUUCUCCUCCUCCUCUGAAGAAAGAAGAUAAUAUCAUGGACUUGGACAUCAUGGCCAGUAUUCACUCUGUUAACCAUUUCUCUACUCUCCAAUCUUCUCAUCCACCUCACUCUGAUGAUUAUCCAGUAAUCCAUUACACAGAUGUAUAUGAUGAUUACCAAUCUGAUCUCAGAUGUCCUUUUUGUGAUUUUGAUAUUCAACUUCCUCUGCCCUGCAACGAUUUCCAAGAGGACUAUUGCUCUGCUCUAAAAUAUAUGGUUUGUCCUGUGUGUGAACAGGAUUUAGGAAAUGAUGCAAUCGCACAAUUUACACAUUCAACCUCGCGAAAGUGGGGAUGGAAGUCUGAGAAAUCUAGCAACUGGUCCGGUAAUUCAGCAAUGCUCAGCAAGAAGCUACCUGGCAGGGGAAACAAACAAGAAUUGGUCGCCGAUCCGCUUUUGUCGCCGUUCAUCUGCAAUGUGCCAGUUCCUAACUCUAACAGUAGCCAUCCAGAUGAAAAGUCCAGCCUCCAAAACAAGGAUCAUGUAAACUUUCAAAAUGCAAAGAGGUGCUGGACUGAUGGUGUUGAGCAGGACCAACAAGAACAAAGGUUGAAGGCAGCUUUUGUUCAGAACUUGAUAUUAUCUACCAUAUUUGAGGAAACAUGAUCCAAGAAUUUAAUUUACAGUCGCGUAAGUCAUGAAUUAGUAACAGCUUCUUACAUAUUCAGAUAGUCUAUGUAUUAUGAUGCUGGUCCAAGAGGCACUGGGUUUUAUUGCGGUGCUUCGGUUUAGGAUGUGAAGUAGUAUAAGCAAUAGUUAUACUGAGGCCAAAUGUAUUUCCAAACUCUAUUAAUUUAAGUGUGAUUUUUCGGUAA